AUGCAAUUAUUUGGGGCAAGAGGUCAUCGAGCUGUUGGAACAACAGACAUGAAAAUUAUUAUUUAUGGUGGUCGUAAUAUUGAUGCAUCAACUAUUUAUGAUGAUUUGUUAGAACUUGAUACAACCACACUGACAUGGAAAACUAUCCAACCUGCAGGAAUAGCUAUACCACCAGGAUUGUUUGGUCAUACAAUGACAUUGGUUGGAACUAAUAUUAUAAUUACAUAUGGAUUUAUGUCAGCUGAAAAUUUUAAUACAAUAUCAUCAAAUAUAUUUAUACUUGAUUCCAUAACUUAUACAUGGAGACAAAGAAGGCGCAAUUCAUAUUUCACAGCACCUUAUGAAUCAAAUCAAUCUCAUUCGCCACCAUUAACUGGUAAUCUACCAUUUAAUCAAUUACCCAACUCUUUAACAUCAAACAAAAACACAUCAGACCAUUCAACAUCAUCAUUACCAAUCCCGCCACCACAUUUAUUACCACCAUCUACAUUAAAAAAAAAAACUAGUUCUGAUUGUAAACUUGCUAUUGUUGAUUCAAAUGAUGUUCAUCGAAAUCCUCUUAGAAGACAAUUUAGUGUUGAUGAUUAUCGUGACAAUCCUUAUCAACCAUCACCUUUAACACUACCAUCUACAUUAAAAAAUAAAAAUAGUUCUGAUAGUAAUAAACUCACUAUAGAUGAUCCAAACGAUGUUUCUAAAGGAAAAUAUAGGGUUGAUGAUUAUCCUGGAAAUCCUUAUCAGCCACAUUCAUCAUAUUUGCAAGCCGAUAAUGAUAGACUUAAAGCACCAUCUAUUGCAACCUCUAGUAUAUAUGCACCUUCAUGUUCCAGCAGUACUAAAAGUUCACAUAUUGGCAGCACACUACCAAAAAUUGAUACUCAAUUGAACUCAAUUACUGAAUUAGGCAAUGUAACUCCUACAAACUUUACAACUACCACCUCUCCAACUUCUGAUGUAAUUGCUGCUAUUAAUGCUGUUGCAAAAAAGGAUUCACACAGUAGUAAUGGGGAAAGCUUCCAAAGUCCAUUAUUUAGAAAUGAAGCUUUAAGUUUACGAACCGCGAGAAGGUUAUCUGAAGCAAAACCAAAGAAUAAUGUUGAUCAUGAUACCAAUAAAUUAUCAUCUAAGCUUGAAAAAGAAGACCAAUAA